CCUUCAGUUUAAUUUAAGCGUUCGCUAUAGCCGUUCAGACGUACUCUAAUUAUGAGUGUUAAACGAAAACGUAUCGUUCUUUCUCCUGAGAAAAAAGUGUUUAUUAUUAACUGAGCUGUAGAUCGUGGUGAAAGUAUACAAAAACUUGAGGACGAGUUCGGCGUGGGUCAACAGACAGUUCGUGACUUAAUUAAACAAAAAAUUGGAAUUUUCAAGUUCAUAUCUUCUGCAAAAUUAUCAGCUAUGAAAAAAACUAUGAAAAAGUCAUCAUUAUCUAAUAUGGAAUCUGUUCUUUUUGAAUGGUUUAAACAGAAGCGUAUUGAAGGAAUUCCAAUUUCUGGGUCAAUGGUUUGUGAAAAAGCAAAAUGGUUUCAAGAAAAUUUGAAAAUAGAGGAAAAAUUAAAUGAUUCACAAGGCUGGUUAUUUAAAUUUAAUAUUCGUCAUGGUAUAAGACAGCUGGAUACUCAAGGCGAAUGUCUAAGUGGAGAUUUGACUGCUGCAAAACUGUUUAAUGACGAAUUCAAUUUGCUUUCAAAAUUAAACCUGUCCCCUGAACAAGUGUACAAAGCAGAUGAAUCAGGUUUAUUCUGGAAAAUGUUAUCCUCAAAAACACUUGCUGUAAUCUGA